AUGUUAGAAGUCCCUAGUAUGGAAAGAAGUUUUAUGUCUGGUUCAUCAACAGAUGAUUCUCAUUUACAAAUACUGGAAUUAGGUCUUGAAGAAGCAUCUCAGCCCGGAGAAAGACAAAGCCGUUUAUACGAUGAAUUAAUGUCAAUAAAUAUAACACGAAGCUCAAGUGAAGAAUCGCAAAAUUUAUCAAAUUCCUCUGGCAGUAAUAUAUCUGAAGAAAUGGGAACAAUAGCUGAGUUAGCUAAUACUAUCGAUGGAUAUUUGGAUAAUCCAAGAACAAAUAGAACGAUUUUAUCCAAUCAAAUAAAAAGAGCAACAAGACAGAUACGUCGCAAAUAUGAUAAUCUUCAGACAGAUCUUAUAAAUGAGCAACGACGAAGAUACAAUGCUGAGGUAGAGCGGGAUUUGCGACAAACUGAUUUGGAUAAUGCCUUGAAUGAUCUUAACAUGAUGACAACGGCAUAUAACAAUGAAAGAGUUACAUGUCAACA